AUGCCACGUGUGGCAUGUCUGGAUACACUCAGCGAGUCUGAGGAUGAGAUUCGGCCGCCUGUCCCCAAGAGGCAGCGAAGAGGACCCAGCACUCAGCCAGCAUCUGCCAGCGGAGAUCGUCUUCUGCACCCUAUCCUCAAGAGGCAGAGAACUGUUGAAUCUGAAACCGGCAGCGAGUGGGCAUCUGGCAGCGGAGAUCGUGUUCUGCAGCCCAUCCUGAAGAGGCAGAGAACUGUUGAAUCUGAAGUCGGCAGCGAGCCGGCAUCUGGCAGCGGAGAUCGUGUUCUGCAGCCUAUCCUCAACAGGCAGAGAACUGUUGAAUCUCAAGCCGGCAGCGAGCCGGCAUCUGGCAGCGGAGAUCGUGUUCUGCAGCCGGCCCUGAAACGACAGAAAACCGGCACUCAGGCAGCAUCUGGCAGCACAGACCGUGCUCUGACGGAGUUGACGUCAAGCGAUGCAGAGACCGUCCAGCCGGCGCCAAAGGCAAGGUCCCAGAAGAAAGCCAAGCGGCGGCCAACGCUGCAGGAACGGCGUGACAACAUGGCUUCCGUCCAACGAUUGGAGCGGAUGCUUCGCCAGCCCUGCCGCAAGCGACAGCAUUGUGGCCUCAGGUGUUUCGCCACUUUUCAGGAGCGCGAGGACUUUGAGCGCCUGGUGAAGUUUCGUUCCGACUGGGCUUCCAUGCAUAAGUUGGACCAAGAUGAGGUUUUCGAGUCCCUCCGCAGCAUCUACAAGAAGACUGAGCAUGGUAAUCAUGAUGGUGAUGAUGGCCGCGAGCUGGGGCCCGUGAAGUUCUUUUUCCUGGACAGGCGUGUUUGCAAAAGAGCUUGGACGAGGCUCUACGGACUGGGUGGGGCUCGCUUCAAGAGGCUGCACGAUGCAGUAAUGGCUGGGAAGAACAACGCCCCUGUCGACAAGCGAUACAUCAGCAAGCCGUUUUCAUUGAAGAAUGAAACUAGGGAAAUUCGAGCUGAUGUUACAAGCUUCCUGCAGAAGCUCUACGAGUCCGUCGCGGAGACCAUGCCGGACGUCCGGGACUCGACACAAGAUGAGGAUGAUCUGCCUUUGCUGUUGAGGGGCCAUACCGAGUACGACCUUGCCGAGGACCCUUACACUACAGAGCUGAACAGGCAAACACAGCCUCAGCUGUCUGCUGCUGGUGCUGGCUUGGAAAAGGCCGGGAACAAGCGCUUUGGCCAGGGUAAGGUCAAGAAAACCGUGACGGCUUUGGCGGAGAGGAGUGCGGAAGGCGAAGAGCGCUUUUUGCCUCCUGGUAAGAUGAUCCAUUACUGGGGGCAGUACAAGCUGCAAGCUGGGGUGCAGCCGCCGGCGUCUUUUGUGACGUUCUGGAGGGUGUGGCUGUCGCUCUUUCCUUUCAUGAAGUUUCGUGCCUCCACUUCACACGCUGUAUGCUCUGAAUGCUUGCUACAUCAAAGCCUUAUUCAGUCAUACAGCAGGCGCAUCGCCGCAAGAUGCGCGCAACAACAUCUCUUGGAAGCGCAUUUGCGGUCCCAAUAUUUGGACCGGGUCCAAUAUUGGCAAAGCCGGGCGAGCUCGCGGCUGAAUACAGAGGAGCUCGUCGUGAUACAGGACGGGAUGGAUCAAUCCAAAUUUGCAUGCCCGCGUCAUCCUUUCUUGGCGGCCAAGUGCUUCGAGACUCUGACAUCAGCCAGGCCUCGUUUGCAUAUAGUAGGCGUGCUGGCCCAUGGCCAUCUCAUGGCCCUAGCACUCACGGAGCCCACGGUUCCAAAAGACAGCAGUACUCAGCUCGAACUGCUGUCACACGUGCUAACCCGCGUGCAAGCAAGCGGCUGCAAGCUCCAGAACAUGCGGCUCACCGUGCAAUGCGAUAAUUGUUGUCGCGAAUUCAAGAAUAAUCAGACCCUGAGAUGGAUGGCAUCCUUGGUAAGCAGACGGAUCCUACGGGCCGCGAGGCUUUGCAAUUUGCGAAGCACCCACAGCCAUGAGGACAUUGACCAAGCUUUUGGAAGUUGCGCAGCGUUUCUUGUCAAGAAAGCCGCCAAAGCAGAAAGCUCGGACAGCUUCCAGCAGCACCUCACAAACUUCCUUGAGGAGCUCCCGCGCCCGCACGAGAAAGAGCGGGCAGUGGUGCACAUCAGCCGAGUCCGUGACUGGCUUCUGGGCUGCAUGUGGUGUCGUAUACGUUGA